GCGGGACGGCGGGGCUGGCUGGAAAGAGACCUCUGGGAGACUGGAGGGGACCCAGGGCGCAAUCUGGGGGCGUUCGGGUGGGGACCUGGGGACAUGUGGGACACCUGGGCGAAGCCCGGGAUGCGCCUUUGGGGGACUUGGGAAGGAAGGAGGCAGCCGGGGCGUUUGGAUGAGACUUGAAGGAAAUCUUUGGGGACACGAGGAUACCCAGGGGAAACUUCUGGGUGGGGGACAGCGAAGAUCUGGGGGCUUGGUUGGAGCGGGGGUUGAAUUAUCUCAUUGGAGGGGAGAGUGGGGCGACUCGGAGGACUGGUGUGUUCGGUUUGUCUAAGAAACUGGAGAAAGAGCUGGAGGAAAAUGGAAGGAUUUGAGGGGAUCAAAGGCAGAAGAGGUGAAGGGAACAGGUGCUUGGAUAGUUAGUGAAGUUCGAGGACCUUGGAGGAGGUUUGGGGUCAGACCCCAAGCAUCUGGAGGAGAAGGACCCAGCGAUCCUAAUGGCAGAGCUCAGUUCCCUCUCCCAUCCCUCUUUUUAAUUUUUCCCUUGUCCAGGCUCUAGCCGCCCUGGCAGGGCAGUCUGCCCUCCCUGGGGGUGGGCAACUCGUGCCAAGCUGUGCGGGCUGGCCCGUGGAGGGGUCAGUGGGGUAGAAGAGGCCCACAGGAGGGCCCCCUUCUGGGCUUGCUCUGGGCGGGUCACCAUCCUUGGGUGCUGGCUCCGGGUUCAGAACACUGGCCGCGGAGUCUUUGCUGCCUGUGCCAUUUUAGUCUUACUUCAGCCAGCUCAGGGUGUGAACAGUCCUGGGGAGCACAGGACGCACGGAUACAGGGGCGUAUGGAGGCGUGCCCACCCAGGACACUAAUGCCUGUUUUGUGCCUCUUCCGGCUUCCUGAGUAAUCUUCUGGGAUGGAAGAAAUAGAAAAGUUUCAAAAAGGAGAAGGCAAAGAUGAAGAAAAGUACAUUGAUGUGGUGAUUAAUAAGAACAUGAAGCUGGGACAGAAAGUGUUAAUUCCUGUAAAACAGUUCCCUAAGUUCAACUUUGUGGGGAAACUUUUGGGUCCACGUGGCAAUUCUCUGAAGCGUUUACAAGAAGAAACCUUGACAAAAAUGUCCAUCCUUGGAAAAGGUUCCAUGAGAGACAAGGCAAAGGAAGAAGAGUUGAGGAAAAGUGGAGAAGCAAAGUACUUUCACCUUCAUGAUGACCUGCACGUUCUCAUUGAAGUUUUUGCCCCACCAGCGGAAGCGUAUGCCCGGAUGGGACAUGCUUUGGAAGAAAUCAAAAAGUUCCUCAUUCCUGACUAUAAUGAUGAGAUCAGGCAAGCGCAGCUCCAGGAAUUAACAUAUUUGAAUGGUGGCUCAGAAAACGCAGAUGUACCAGUUGUUCGAGGGAAAUCCACUUUGCGUACUAGAGGCGUACCAACCCCAGCAAUAACCAGGGGAAGGGGAGGAGUCACAGCCCGGCCAGUUGGAGUCGGUGUGCCACGCGGGACGCCAACCUCCAGGGGAGUCCUUUCCACCCGAGGGCCAGUGAGUCGGGGAAGAGGACUGCUCACUCCCCGAGCAAGAGGAGUCCCCCCAACUGGGUACAGACCUCCACCGCCACCCCCAACACAAGAGACCUAUGGAGAUUAUGACUAUGAUGAUGGAUAUGGCACUGCUUAUGAUGAACAGAGUUAUGAUUCCUAUGAUAACAGCUAUAGCACCCCAGUCCAAAGUGGCGCAGAUUACUAUGAUUAUGGACAUGGACUCAGUGAAGAGACCUACGAUUCCUACGGACAAGAGGAGUGGACUAACUCAAGACACAAGGCGCCUUCAGCGAGGACAGCAAAGGGCGUCUACAGAGACCAGCCAUAUGGCAGAUACUGAUUGUACUGUCUGAUGUUGUGAAAUAGCCAAUCUGUGGCCACCAGUCCUGUAUACUGUUCAAAGUAAUUUUUUUCUAUGAACAAUCCCUUUUUAAAUAAAUCAAAAUGCUUAAAAUCUGAAUGGAUGGAACUUAAAACUACUUUGUUGAAACAUCAAUCUGGGCAGAAAAAAAAAAGACAUGUAAAAUUUUGUUAUUUCCAGUCUGUAUAUGAAAAAAUAGGUCAUCAAAAGGAAAAAAAAUAACUUUGAUUAACUAGUGUUAAACAAAAAAAUAGGUUUACUAAAUAUGUUAAUCCAUCCUUUUAACAUAAGCCUCACCUUUCAUUUUAAAGGUUUCCAUAGAGUUUAGUUAUUUGAUCUUUCAGCCAUAUGCUAGUUUUUAUUUCUCUUGCCAACAUGCGUAAAAAGGGAAGCCAAUUACAAGUGCAAAUAAUGUGGUAUUCUUUUGUAACUCGAGUCUUGAAAUGUUCUGUAGUGUUAAGCAAAGUCUCCUCUUGCUUGAUACUAAAUAAACUUUUGAAAGAAAUUUCGUGUGUGUGAGCUAACAAUUUCAUGUUUUUCUUAUUUAAAAAGGCCUUCAUAAAUAGUUGUAAACAGGGAAAGAAUUCAUUUAACAACGCUUGUGAUAAAAGGGUCACACUAAACAUUGUACAACUUAUUUAAAAAAUGGUAUAAAAUUAAAUGUACCAUUAUAUACUCACCGUAGAUUUAAAUGCUGUUUAAAGAGUCCAAAUGGUAUCAAGCUGCUUGAGUGGCACGUUAAAACUACGCAAAACCAAAUCUUGUUUAAAAACUGGUUUUAAAAUAACUACUACUGAUUUUCUGAAAAAGAUGUGAUCAGUUUUCAUCUUGUUGAGCGUUUUUUCACUAGUGCAACUUUGGAUUUUUUAUGAGAAUUUUGGUACCUUAAUGAACACUUCGCUCCAUGCUGGAAGCAAUAAGCACAAAGCUUUUAAAGACAUUCUGACUUGACUAAUUGAGGUCGCACUCGCCAAGGCUGAGGAUGUGUAACCCUUAAACGGUCUUCAUUUUCAAAGGAAAUGUCAGCUGCCUUGGAAGUCAGAGGAACAGCCGUGCCCCCAGCAAACAAAGGAACUUUCCUUCUAAUUUUGGACUGCUUAAAAAUAGUCAACUCACCAACGUGCCUAGUCAGUAAAUGAAUUCGCUUGCGAACUUGAAAAUCAUCUUACUUUAUUACUUUUUGCACAAUUUUGUGUUUUGUGAAAUGUUUUAUAAGAUGGUAUGCUUUUUAAUUUGGAAAGCCUGCUAAAAACAGGAAAGAAAAUCAGUUUUAUUUUGUUGUCUCCUAAAAACAAAAAACAAAUGAUUUGUGUAUUACUUAAUAAAGGCUGCCCGUUU